CCCUUCAGGACGUCGUCUGUUUACAUGUCUCCCACGUCUUGGCCACAAUGUUAGAACAACAGAUAGAGACCAUUGUUACCAAUCUCUGCGCCAGCCAAAAACUGGAGCGAGAUCGUGCUGUUGUCGAGCUUAAUAACAAGAUAAAGACCCUGUCCACUGAAGUAAUUCAAAACCUCCAGAGGGCCUUGAUCAAUAAGUCACUGGACUCCAGCAGUCCAUGGGAAACAGUGCAUGGAUCUCUUUUGGGCCUGCGAGUGGUGGUGCUGAACACAGAGGUUGAACCUGAAGGCCAAUUCCACUGUGAAGUAAGGGCUGCCUCUCUCAGGCUCCUCACUCAUCAGGAAGUUCGUGUGAGACAAGCAGCUGGUGAGGUGCUAGGUGCUCUGUGCCAACAAGAUGGAGGGGUCACGUAUGCUUCAUGCCGGUCACAGGUUUUAGAGCUAGUGCGCAGUAAUUUAGAACGGCAAAUGACUGAUGAUGAUGCCUCGAGAACUGAACAUGAAAGCACAAGGCAGCUGAUGGAGAAGCUAACAGCAGGAACGAGAGAGAGGAGAAAUAGUGGCGAUGCAGCUCAGAUCUUCCAUGACACAGCUGGGUGGCGUAACUUGGAGACUAACAUGAAAUGCCUUGAACAUAUGAUCAAUGGCUGUGCUCCAAAGUUCCUUCCUUAUAUUGAUCAGGACUUGCUGGACUUGAUAUUCACGGCCCUGACACACACUAACCGUUUUGUGAGGGAGACGGGAUUUAAUGUGUGUGCUGCGUUGGUGUCGUGUGGGGGAGGAGAGGCAGCAGAGUUCCUGGAAACCAAUCCGAUGUUCACCUUUGGGGAUCAGCUGUCUCGUCACCUGGGCCAGGGGUUGGCUGACAACUGGAGCCAGGUACGCUUAGCUUCAUCCGUUGCAACACGGAAGUUCCUGAUGUCACUCCCAGCAGCUGCCAGAGAGAGGUUCUUCCCUGUCCUGCUUCCCAGACUGUGCCUUAAUAGGUAUUAUGUCGCGGAAGGAGUGAGGCUCCAUUCACAGGAAACUUGGCGUCAGGUGGCUGGUUCAGAGGGUAAAGCCCUGGUGGAGAAAUACAUUGAUCCUGUGGUUGCCUACUACAUUGAAGCAACAGAAGCAGACAAUCAUGCAGUACGUGAGGCAGCUUGUGCAUGCAUUGCAGAAUUGGCCCUGAAGAUAGCUCGAAGUGCUGUGCGAGCCCAUGUGCCUGAUUUGCUCCAUGCUCUCACUGUAUGCUUCAGUGAUGACUCAUGGCCUGUCAGAGAUGCGGCAUGUGUAGCUUGCGGAAACUUUAUCCUGUGCUUCCCUGAGGAGUCUCAGGGCACUUUAGAAGUGCUCUACCCUCUCUUCUUCACCAAUCUCCAGGUAAGCAAAGUCUUGUCUUAUGUACUCCUGUGGUUCCUUGGCUCCUAA